GCGGACGAGGGGUGGGUCGGCGGGUGAAAACAUUCUAGUCAGGUUCUAAGAGCUCCAAGUCAAGUCGAUUAAAUGUACACACGUAUUAGCCUAAGUCGAAUUGACGGAUAAGCACAUUUAUUUUUUGUUCUCAUGUUGGAAAAAGUUUCGGAACGUCAGAUUCGUGCGCGGUGGAAUGUGAGAUAUUCUUCCGAAGGUACGCGUAUGCGAAUACGUGCUUAUUUAUACGUAUAACAUCUACGCACGUUUCGAAAAAAUCUCGAUGUUUGUGCUUCGUGUCAUGUCAGUGAAACAAAAUUCUGGCUGAGCGCGAACGGGUGUUUUUAAAAAUUGGAACAUCGUUUAAAAAUAAAAAAAAAAAAAACAAAAUCGAACGUUUAUCGUGUAUAUUGCACGCACGAAUUGGAUUGACGAAAAUUUUACUUUUUAUUCCCGUCCUGACUUGAAUGAAAAAUUUAAAAAAUGGCGAUUCUCAAUCAGAAUAUGAGUACACUGGAAGGAUUGGCAGAUUUGAUGGGAGUUCCUGUUCCUGCUCUGCGCCUAAUGACCUCCAUACUUUUAGGAUUCCCUCUCGCUCUGGUACACCGGCAUUGUUUGUACGGAAAAUCAGCUACAUUGCAGCACUUAUUCUUCAUAACAAGCGGCCUUUCGAUAGGAUUUUGGAACUAUGGAUGGAAUUCCUUACAUUCGGCACAAGCUGUCUGCGCUACGUACCUGAUACUUCUUGUCUUUGGCGGUACAUUGACUUCAACAACGAUAACAUUUAUCUUCAAUAUGGGCUACUUGUUAUACGGCUACUGGACUACGAGUACAGACGUAUAUGAUAUCGUAUGGACGAUGCCUCAAUGCGUACUUACUUUGAGACUUAUUGGACUCGCCUUUAAUUUGUGGGAUGGCACUAAAAUGGACGAGAGCCUGUCGAUUUACCAGAAAAAGGUGGCUCUGUGUACAUGUCCGAGUUUCUUAGAAGUGGCGGCUUACGUUUACUUUCCUGGCUCGUUUCUAGUCGGUCCGCAAUUUAGUAUGCGACGUUAUCUCGAUUACGUGAACGGGACAUUAAUCGAGAAUGGAGAUGAUCUUAGAACAAGCUGCUUAGUAGCUGGAAUAAAACGAGCUAUCGUCGGUUUUAUUUACGUAGCUUUUUUCCAGAUCGGUACGAUUUACGUUUCCGAUCAGUAUCUGCUCGGAGACGAAUAUCGUCAGCAAAAUUUCUUUAAAAAAUGCUUCUUGAUUGGCCUCUGGGGACGCAUUAAUCUUUACAAGUACAUUAGUUGUUGGCUUAUUACCGAAGGGGUGUGCAUUACUUUUGGACUACCCUAUAACGGCCGCGACAAAGACGGCAGUCCCAAAUGGGAUGGUUGCUCGAACGUUGCACUUUUGACUUUCGAAAAUGCAACUACUUUCGAUCACUAUAUCAUGUCCUUUAAUAAAAAUACGAAUCAUUGGUGCGCCGAGUAUAUUUACAAGAGGCUCAAAUUUCUCGGAUCACGCAUAUUCAGUCAAGUCGUCACGCUCCUUUUCCUCGCUGUAUGGCAUGGCUUUCAUUCCGGCUAUUACCUCUGCUUCCUUAUGGAAUUCCUUAUUAUGUACUGGGAAAAAGACAUCGGGCCGGUGCUGAUGCGUCAUGAAAAAUUGCAGAAAUGUUUGAAGGAAAACUUAGCCCUGCGAGUAUUAGUUUGGGUGAUCCUGAAGAUGUACACUUUCGUGUUUAUGGGCUAUGCGUUGAUACCGUUCGUUUUGAUGUCUUCGUCUCGUUACAUCCCUGUAUUCGGCAGUAUUUAUUACUGCGGUCACGUCUUAUUCUUAUCAUAUCCGCUCGUCGCGCCUUUCAUCAAGAGGACUCUAAAGGCCUCUGUGGAAUCUCGUUCUCGCGCCCACCAAGAAUAAUUUUGAAUUUGAAAAAACGAACCUACAAAAGCUAAAUAUAAUUGUAAAUUUUAGAAGCGUAAGUAGGUAAAUAUUUUCCUAUUUCGAAGAGGGAGAGACGGCUGUUCGUGAUUAAUCGAACGAAUCUCGCAGCAUUGUGAUAGUUGACAAAAAAAAAGACAAGAUUGGAAGAAAAAAAAACAAACUAGAAUCAAGAACGCUCCCUUCUCUGUUUCACCAAGAAAAAUACUGUUGGACGACGAAAUUAUAAUUCGAAAUGUUCACCAUUUUUCCCGUUGCAUCGUCGUGUCGCUAAAUGAAUAUUUUGAACUGAUUUUUUUUCUGCAGAUACUUUUUUUAGAGACUUUCAAAUCUCUUAUUCAUCCGCUCUCAAUGGUGCACAAAGUAUGAUAUUUUUGUAAUCAAUUGACGUUUUUGUUUGUCUCCAAUACUCACGAUGGUAUAUGAAGUAAUUUUUGAUUUUUGUGAAGAUUUUUGACACGUUAAAGCGAGAAAUCAUUUGGUUCUUGUGUGUGAUCAAGCGAUCUGUAAUGACAUAUGUCAAUCGCCCAAAUGAAUGAAUUGCAGCGGAUUGUCCAAGUGAUGUUAUCAUAUUCCAACAGUAUUUUUCAACUGGUAUUUUUUCUCUAUAGAGCUACUUCAUAAUACUGUUUUUUUCUUCGAGCAGUCAGCACAGAUGGUCUUCCAGCUCAAUGGGAAACAUGCAACACACACGAGAGGGAAAAUGAAAUAAUAACAUUAAUAUGAAUAACAAUGAUAGCAACAAUAAUAAAAGACAACACAUAAAAAAAGACACUCGGAUGACGAUUCGUUACGAUCGUAUGAGAAUAACAAACCAAGGUGUUCAUGAUAUUGGAGAAACAAAAAGCUUCGAGGCUGAUUGAAUAAAUCGUAUUUUCUUAUAGUAAAAAACGAUUCCAAAUAAAAUAUAGUGGACGCUGUCAUGAUGCGAUUCUGGCUUCAAUCUCAGCUCCAGUGGUGGAUGGUCUUUUUUCUCAAAAUACCUAAAAUUUGCGUUUAUUGGCUAUAAUGGAGUUUGAAAAAAUUAAAACAAUGCCGACCUUGAUGAACCGAUGAUCUGAAGUGUCAAAUUAUGAGCGUGUCCACUUCAUGUAUCAACGAUGUAACCUUUAACCCCUUUUUGUUGUAUUACGGGAAUGGGAAAUGAGAUUUUUGGAAGAAAGAUAA